AUGGCUCUCCGAAUUCCGACCAGCAUCAAAUUCGGACCCUUUGCAUAUUCUAGAGUCGCGUAUGACACGUUUCGACUAGCUCAAGAGACAGCCAGAAGUGCCUUCGUGUAUGCAAUGACGAGUUUCGUUCAAGACCUUGACCCACUGCUCAGCAUCACGUGUAUCGCGGGCGAGCAGCGUGUACUGAUUAUCUCCAACACUAACAACGAAAGUGCACGGAAUUUCGCAAAGGGAGACGUCAGUUAUUCUUUUCAGACUCACAGCAUUGAGUCUCUUUUUCUUCAGCUCUGUUUUGUAGACGGAAAGCUAUACAAUAGUACUAUGAGAAACAAGCAUGGUAUGAAAUGCUAUGUCAAACUUUAUCUGCUGGCAUUGUGGAGGGUUUCACAUGAGUUGGACCUUCGAAUUCCAUGUUCCUGGAUGAAGCGGCAUGCCAACAUACCAGACAAGGCGGCGAUAGUGCGCCAAGCCGCCAUCAAGGAAGGCAAGGACAAUAUUCUGCCCAGAGGAUCAAAAUCAAGAAGGACCUCACUUCCGUACCAAGGUUCAAAAAGGACCUCACCACGGAGAGAAACAUCAAAAGGAACCCCGCUCGGCGUCUUCUUUGGAAAAAAUCCAGCGCCGCCUGGAGCUAGGGCGCACGAGCCACAGUACCAGGGUUGCAGCCCCGAGAUUCUCGAGCCCACCCGCAGUCCAGGCCUCGCAUCGGCGGGGAUCCGCCUGCGCGGCCCGCUGCCUAGAGCUGCCUAG